AAUCUUCUCCAGCGGUGUCACUCGGCCCAGGCCUCCUACCUCUUCCAGCAGGAUAAGUUCUAUGACGUCAGCUAUGACACGGGAGACAAGUCCAUACAGUGUAGCCGCAAGCCCGACGCCUUCAAGUUCUGGCUGAUGUGGAAAGCCAUCGGCACCAAGGGUCUGGAAGAGAGAGUGGACAGAGCCCUCGCUAUGGCCAGAUAUCUGGCAGAGGAGAUCAAGAAGAGAGAUGGAUUCCGUCUUGUGAUGGAGCCGGAGUACACCAACGUCUGUUUCUGGUACAUUCCUCCCAGUCUGAGGGACAUGACUGAUGGACCUGAGUUCUGGAAAAAGGUCCAUGCGGUGGCGCCAGUGGUUAAGGAGCGCAUGAUGAAGAAGGGCUCUAUGAUGGUAGGCUACCAGCCCCAUGGAGACAAGGCUAACUUCUUCAGACAGAUCAUCAUUAGCCCUCAGGUCAGCAGACAAGACAUGGACUUCCUGCUGGACCAAAUACACAGCCUGGGGAUGGACUUAUGAUCCCACGGAGAAUACCUACAGAAUGGCACCCUAUUCCCUCAAUGAGCCCUGGUCUAAAGUAGGGCACUAUACAGGGAAUAGGGUACCAUUUUGAACAAAGCCCAUGGGUCAUGAAACAGGAGAUCAUGUUUUGAAACUGAGUGAAACGGAAGAGGUGGUACCCCAAACGUCCUAUAAAAAGUUUCCAAACGUCCUAUAAGAAGUUUCCAAACGUCCUAUAAGAAGUUUCCAAACGUCCUAUAAGUUUCCAAACAUCCUAUAAGAAGUUUCCAAACAUCCUAUAAGAAGUUUCCAAAACGUCCUAUAAGAAGUUUCCAAACGUCCUAUAAGAAGUUUCCAAACGUCCUAUAAGAAGUUUCCAAACGUCCUAUAAGAAGUUUCCAAACGUCCUAUAAGAAGUUUCCAAAACGUCCUAUAAGUUUCCAAAACGUCCUAUAAGAAGUUUCCAAACGUCCUAUAAGAAGUUUCCAAACGUCCUAUAAGAAGUUUCCAAAACGUCCUAUAAGAAGUUUCCAAAACGUCCUAUAAGAAGUUUCCAAAACGUCCUAUAAGAAGUUUCCAAAACGUCCUAUAAGAAGUUUCCAAAACGUCCUAUAAGAAGUUUCCAAACGUCCUAUAAGAAGUUUCCAAAACGUCCUAUAAGAAGUUUCCAAAAUGUCCUAUAAGAAGUUUCCAAAACGUCCUAUAAGAAGUUUCCAAACGUCGUAUAAGAAGUUUCCAAACGUCCUAUAAGAAGUUUCCAAACGUCCUAUAAGAAGUUUCCAAACGUCCUAUAAGAAGUUUCCAAACGUCCUAUAAGAAGUUUCCAAACGUCCUAUAAGAAGUUUCCAAAACAUCCUAUAAGAAGUUUCCAAACGUCCUAUAAGAAGUUUCCAAACGUCCUAUAAGAAGUUUCCAAAACGUCCUAUAAGAAGUUUCCAAAACGUCCUAUAAGAAGUUUCCAAAACGUCCUAUAAGAAGUUUCCAAAACGUCGUAUAAGAAGUUUCUAAAACGUCCUAUAAGAAGUUUCCAAACGUCCUAUAAGAAGUUUCCAAACGUCCUAUAAGAAGUUUCCAAACGUCCUAUAAGAAGUUUCCAAACGUCCUAUAAGAAGUUUCCAAACGUCCUAUAAGAAGUUUCCAAACGUCCUAUAAGAAGUUUCCAAAACGUCCUAUAAGAAGUUUCCAAACGUCCUAUAAGAAGUUUCCAAACGUCCUAUAAGAAGUUUCCAAACGUCCUAUAAGAAGUUUCCAAACGUCCUAUAAGAAGUUUCCAAAACGUCCUAUAAGAAGUUUCCAAACGUCCUAUAAGAAGUUUCCAAAACGUCCUAUAAGAAGUUUCCAAACGUCCUAUAAGAAGUUUCCAAACGUCCUAUAAGAAGUUUCCAAACGUCCCAUAAGAAGUUUCCAAACGUCCUAUAAGAAGUUUCCAAAACGUCCUAUAAGAAGUUUCCAAACAUCCUUUAAGAAGUUUGUGAACUUGUUCUCUUAUUUGGUGCCCCAGGGUUGUUUCCGAAGCCUCAGCGUAUCAUCCUUCCAUUGCCCGUCUCCAUAAAGUGCUCCAAUGAGUUCCUGUUCCUUCUGCUCACUAUCGAUUCCAUUUGUAAUUCUGAGGACAGGCAGUGUGUCAGUCCACGAGACUGAGACACAGUAGCUUGUUGACGGUUUGAGGGCUCAACCUCUUUAUUGGAACCAAUUUCAGAUCAAUAAAAAACUCAAUGUCAAUAUCCUUUAUGUUAAUGUGCUUUUUUAGGGUAAUAUAUCAUACUGUUAUAUUAAAAGGGUAAUAUAUCAUACUGUUAUAUUAAAAGGGUAAUAUAUAAUAUAAUAUAAUAUAACUGCUUGUUAGAAAACAAGGCGUGCAACUUUUAGUAAAAGUUGAAAUAUUUGAAGAGAUUUUAGGAGAUACGAUUUUAAGCGAUACCGAUUGAUUGUAAGAGAUUUAUAUAAUAUUAAAAUAUGUAUAUUACUUGAUGAGAUUAAUAUAUAAUCUUUAGAGAAUAGUGAUGAUGUCAGGGAAGAGCUUUAAAUGUAUUUUAGUUCUUUAGUUCUGGAUUUUCUCUUUUGAAGAAUUUUCUUCCACACGCAUUAACUUCUAUGAUUUUAAAAUAAUUUUCAAAAAGAAAUGUAGCACACCUAGUGCUUGGAUACUGUGAGUCCACCUGCAUGAAUCAGACAGAUCUUAAAAUGGCUUCCGUUGUUCUGUUUUAUAAUCGUUUUUUUCUUCAGCAACACGUUACUUAAAGCCAACAGAUGAAAUGCUUUCUUACUUGUUUUAAACGGACUCAAAAUGCCUGUUGUUCAGUCAUUACUACGAGACGAUAAUAAGACGAUUUAAGUGGUCAAACCAGUCUUAAUGCAUUACAGCUGCUUUAUAAUGCGUCAUACCAGCUUUAUAAUGCAUCAUACCAGCUUUUUAAUGCAUUAUAACAGCUUUAUAAUGCAUUAUACCAGCUUUAUAAUGCAUUAUACCAGCUUUAUAAUGCAUCAUACCAGCUUUAUAAUGCAUCAUACCAGCUUUAUAAUGCAUCAUACCAGCUUUAUAAUGCAUCAUACCAGCUUUAUAAUGCAUCAUACCAGUUGGCUUAAAAGGAAGGUGUUUUUUUUUGGUAGCUUGCCAUCAAAGAGAAUGGUGUUUACUUUAAACAUGUAUGGAGUUCUGUGUACAAUACUAGGAUACGUGCAUUCUGUAGUAUACAUCAUAUCGUAUUCUUGCAAGACAUUCUGUUUUCUCUUGUUGUUUUGUUUUGUUCCAAUAGCAUUUUGUUCAGAUAUGUUGUCUGAAAAAAGCCUGUAUGUGGGAUUUUUUUUUGUCGAUGGUUCAGCACCAAUGAGGUUUCACUGAGAAUGAUUUAUUUUCUUUAUCAGUGAAAAUAAAACCAUUUGUUUACUGAA